AUGUAUCAGUAUACGAAAACGCUGCUUGGCCGCCUGUUUCCGAUGAGGUCGCAACCGACGGCGGCGAACACGGAUUUCAGCCAAUCAGGUGUGAAUCUGGUCGAGAGCUCACGGCUGGCAGCCAAUAAUCAACGGCCAAGACCUAAAUCGGAAUUCUACACUUCAGUCAACCAGACGACAGGCAAAAAUCGAGGCAACGGUCCCAACGAAGACAACGACGCCCUCAAUCAACGGGCUACUUUCGGUGCGGUGCGUUUCAGUUUUGUUGAAGCGUUGCCCUGA